AUGGAGGGCAGCGGCAACAACAGUAACCAGCAGCCGCAGCAGCCGGAAACGGGCCUGAUGGGCGCUCAUGCUCAGUAUCUCAAAGGUGUCGGAGAGGCUACCAUUGGCAGCAUCAGCGGCUCGCAGUCUUGGUCAGCUUCAGGAGCACAUGACAAAGCGGCUGCCCUCGACGCCAUGAGAAAGGCUGGCGAGAAGAGAGACCCAAAUCAAGGAUAUGGAAAGGCCGAAGAGUGGGCUGGGAAGUUGACUGGGUGUGAGGGCAUGCAGAAGGAGGGCGCGGCAAGUUCGCAUAAGAGGAAUGACUGA